GGGCGCAUGCGCACGGCGUCACUCAGUGCGCCAUGUUGGCUGAGCAGGCCGGGGGGCGGCGGUGAUCGCGCCUCGGUGUCCCCCCUCCCCCAGCCGGCCCCUCCGGUGACCGAGCGGGGCCCCCAGCCUCGGCGGCGCCAUGAGCGUGGGGCGGGUGCGCGACCUCUCCCGGCGGAACCCCCAGGAGGACUUCGAGCUCAUCCAGCGCAUCGGUAGCGGCACCUACGGCGACGUCUACAAGGCUCGGAAUGUUAACACGGGUGAGCUAGCGGCAAUUAAAGUAAUAAAACUAGAACCAGGGGAAGAUUUUGCUGUUGUGCAGCAGGAAAUCAUUAUGAUGAAAGACUGUAAGCAUUCAAACAUAGUUGCUUAUUUUGGCAGCUAUCUCAGGCGAGAUAAGCUAUGGAUUUGCAUGGAGUUCUGUGGAGGUGGUUCUCUACAGGAUAUUUAUCAUGUGACUGGACCACUUUCAGAACAGCAGAUUGCCUAUGUUAGCAGAGAAACACUACAGGGAUUAUAUUAUCUUCAUAGUAAAGGAAAAAUGCACAGAGACAUCAAGGGAGCAAAUAUUCUUCUAACAGAUAAUGGCCAUGUAAAAUUAGCUGAUUUUGGAGUAUCUGCACAGAUAACAGCUACAAUUGCCAAAAGGAAAUCUUUCAUUGGCACACCAUAUUGGAUGGCUCCAGAAGUUGCUGCAGUUGAAAGGAAGGGUGGCUAUAACCAACUGUGUGAUCUUUGGGCCGUUGGAAUAACUGCUAUAGAACUUGCAGAACUUCAGCCUCCUAUGUUUGACUUGCAUCCCAUGAGAGCACUGUUUUUAAUGACGAAAAGCAACUUUCAGCCUCCCAAGCUAAAGGACAAAAUGAAAUGGUCAAAUAAUUUCCAUCACUUUGUGAAAAUGGCACUUACAAAAAAUCCUAAGAAGAGACCUACAGCUGAAAAAUUACUACAGCACCCUUUUGUUACACAGCCCUUAAAUCGAACCCUUGCUAUUGAAUUAUUGGAUAAAAUGAAUAAUCCUGAUCAUUCCACGUACCAUGAUUUUGAUGAUGAUGAUCCUGAGCCCCUUGUGCCUCAUAGAAUUCAUUCAACAAGUAGAAAUGUGAGAGAAGAAAAAACACGCUCUGAAAUAAACUUUGGUCAAAUAAAGUUUAAUCCUCCAUUAAGGAAGGAGACAGAGCCACAUCAUGAGUUUCCCAACAGUAACGAUUUUUUGGACAGUUCAGAAGAAAUAUACUACACUGCAAGAUCUAACCUGGAUCUGCAGCUAGAAUAUGGUCAUGGUCCCCAGAGUGGCUGCUUCUUAGGUGCAAAUAAGAGUCUCCUAAAAUCAGUUGAAGAAGAACUGCAUCAGCGGGGACAUGUGGCACAUUUAGAAGAUGAUGAUGAUGCAGACGAUGAUGCUAAACACGCUACAAUUAAACCUAAAGUGCCACCUCCUUUACCACCAAAGCCUAAAUCCAUCUGCAUACCACAGGAAGGUCAUUCUUCUGAAGAUGAUAAUCAAGGAACGAUCAAGAGAUGCCCUGUUUCAGACAGUCCAGCAAAGUUAACAUCACAAGUUCCACCUAGACCACCCCCUCCUCGGUUGCCUCCCCCGAAGCCUAAUCCUAUAGGUAAUGGAGUGAGUUCUUUACAUUUUAAUGGUGACAGAGAGGGAUCUCCACAUCAACAGCCAAAUGAAAAUAAAGACACUAAUUUUUCAAGGAAAGAAAAAAAGGAAAUACUGAAACCAAUUAGUAAUGGCCUUCCACCGACACCUAAAGUCCAUAUGGGUGCUUGCUUUUCAAAGGUUUUCAAUGGGUGCCCAUUAAAAAUUCAUUGUGCAACAUCAUGGAUUAAUCCAGAUACAAGAGAUCAAUACUUGAUAUUUGGUGCAGAGGAAGGUAUUUACACCCUGAAUCUCAAUGAACUUCAUGAAACAUCAAUGGAACAGCUAUUUCCCCGAAGAUGUACGUGGUUGUAUGUAAUGAACAAUUGCUUAUUAUCAAUAUCUGGUAAAGCUUCUCAGCUUUAUUCCCAUAAUUUACCAGGGCUCUUUGAUUAUGCAAGGCAAAUGCAAAAGUUGCCUGUAUCUAUUCCAACACACAAGCUUCCUGACAGAAUACUCCCCAGGAAGUUUGCAGUGUCUACAAAAAUUCCAGAAACCAAAUGGUGUCAGAAGUGUUGCGUUGUGAGGAAUCCUUACACAGGCCACAAAUACCUUUGCGGAGCACUACAGUCUAGCAUUGUCUUGUUAGAAUGGGUUGAACUGAUGCAGAAGUUUAUGUUAAUUAAGCACAUAGAUUUCCCUGUACCUUGUCCACUGAGAUUGUUUGAAAUGCUGGUAGUACCUGAACAAGAAUUCCCCUUAGUUUGUGUUGGUGUCAGUAGAGGGAGAGACUUCAACCAGGUGGUGAAGUUUGAGACUGUCAACCCAAAUUCUACCUCUUCAUGGUUUACAGAAACAGACACUACGCAGGCGAGCGUUGUACAUUUAACACAGCUGGAAAGAGAUACCAUUUUAGUGUGUCUGGAUUGCUGUAUAAAAAUAGUAAAUCUACAAGGCAGAUUAAAAUCUAGCCGAAAACUGUCAUCAGAGCUCACGUUUGAUUUCCAGAUUGAAUCAAUAGUUUGCCUACAAGACAGUGUUUUAGCUUUCUGGAAGCAUGGAAUGCAAGGAAGGAGUUUUAGGUCAAAUGAGAUCACACAGGAAAUUUCUGACAGUACGAGAAUAUUCAGGCUUCUUGGAUCUGACAGGGUUGUGGUAUUGGAGAGUAGGCCAACAGAUCAUCCUAUGGCCAACAGCAAUUUAUACAUCCUGGCAGGGCACGAAAACAGUUACUGAGAAUCAUACCUGGCAGUUAACCAUGACGAGAAAACACUACUGCUGCAACAUUGAUGGAUGAUUGAAAUUGCACAAAAACGGCAGUCACCUGACUUCAGUUACUUUGUAAUUUAUUGUGGCAUGAGAGAAAAGAGGAUAAUUUAGUUUAAGUGGUAUGGACACACUUAGCAUAUUAUACCACGGAAGUGCUUAAUAAUUCACUGUUAUGUAAUCUUUGUACAUAUAUGCAGUAUUUUUCAGUGAAACACAUUGCUGAAGACCUACACUGACUUAAUGUAGAUAGUGAUCCUUCAGUUAUGUACAAGUGUCUUACCUGUACAGAUGUAAAGGUUGCUGAGGAAGCAGAAAUUCAGUUGGGGUACUAUUUUAAGGACUUCUCACGUGUAGUUCUUAUAAAAUGGGAUGUUAGCAAUGAACACAGUGCAUUUAACAUCACUAUUGUAUUUUAUUAUAUGUAAUUUACUAAUACAAAUAAAUCAACUUUUAGAAAUUGUAACCAAGGCUGUAAUCCUAUUACAAUCUUGUUUUUAAUUUUCAUGCAACUACACUGGUGUGAUUGUUUGUUUUGCACAAAGUAUUUAUCUGUGAUGUAUUUAGUCACAAAGGUAAGCUGUGACUUUGUGGAUAUGACUUGGGCGUCAGAGUACCUUUUUUUUAGUUUAUUUGGGUAGUUUUAUUGUGAAACAAACCAAUUAAACACCUGUAUUUUUAUAUUUAAGUAAAAUUCUGUAAAGAUUACUUCUCUAUGCUUGACAACAAUAUCUUCUGGAAUGGAUAUGAAUCCCAGAAUUUGGUACCUUAAUGGAACACUGCAAUAGUUGUCUGAAUUACUAGUGUAGGCAAUGGUAAAAUUAGCAUUAUUAUAAGUCUUCACUAAAUGGUUUUAUUCGUAUCAUGAACUACAACAUUCCACACUGUGGAAAUGGUUCAAAGAUCUUGUCAUGUUUUGACUUUUUUUGGCCUUAUGACCAUUUUCUUGAUUUAGGGUGUUAACACAUGGCCAAAAUAAUUUAGUUACUACCUCAUACAAACAAUGUAGUGGUUACUUCAUAUUGCAGGAACAUAGUUCUGAUCAACCUUAUUUUUGAUUGCUAUUUUCCAAUGGAGUAUGUAAAUGCCAAGUUUUAGCAAAGUGCACACAUUUGGCUCUGUUUUGUAUAUGUUCUUUAUAUUUUAUUAUGAUAAUAUACACUAAGAACAAACUAAAUUUAAAGUGAUUUAUGGUCUAAGUUAUUGUGAUUGGUAAUGCUUUUGAAUAUGUUCCCUUAUGUAUAUAAUGUAAAAUAAACUUUUUUUAACAUGUUGUUGUA